GCAUAUUCCUAUAUACGUAGAAGUUAACUACUGCCACACUGCCAAGUGCCAAAACAAGUCGGUCGUUGUGACAGUUCGACACAAACAGGUGCUCCUUUCGCUUACCCGAAGAGACGUAUAAUAUUAACAAGACUUUAAAGCGCGAAUUCUGUCUCUCUCUAUCUAGAGUUUGAUCAUCAGCAUCUUCUUGAUUUUCUAAUCACUAGAAAAAUGGGAGCUUCAUCGUCUACGAAUCCGAAUAAUCAAGAACAACAAGAAUUGGAAUCUCUUGCAGCAUCAACUGGAGGUUUACCAAUUCUUCAAAAGGCUUUUACGAGACUCUCUGAUCCUCAUACCAAUUCAAUUCCUCUUCAUUCUCUGCAAGAAUGCUUUGCUUUAGCCUUUACAAACACUAAGAGUGCGAAAUCUCAAAUGCCCGAAAAUUUUCCGAGUUUGUUAUCUCAUCUAGGUCCGGCGAUUGUUGACUUGUUCUUCACAGUCGAUAAAGGAGGUGGAGUUCACUGGACUGAGUUCUUGAGAGGUUAUAUUAGAUGUUGCGGAAGGACGUCGUUGUCGGUGUCGAUUAAUACUAUAUACAGGCUAUAUGCUGCUACAGCUGCAAAAGCAGGUUUUCCUUCGAAAUUGGAAUUUGAAUCAGAAGAGGAUGAUUGUAAGAUCAGUGGUUAUUUUAUGUCAACUGAUAUACUUAUGCUCCUUUGGAUGUGUUGGAGUAUGUCGUGGAUUUCGGAAAUUUCCAAAUACUCUAAGUACCAAGGAGAACUAGAUCUUCCAGAUGUUAACCAUUUGGUGCUAUCAGCUAUCACUUCCUGUACCGAAGUUAACAAAGAUGUAAAUUUAUGGAACUAUAAUAUUUCCGAUUUUGAAGCUCAACUGCCUGCACAAAAGAUUCAUUUGUGGGCUUUAUCAACAACCCCAUGUCUUGCACAAUGCUUUACCCAGUAUGUCCAUGAAAGACUCCGAAGUUGUACCCCUGCAGCUUCCGAGGAGUCGGAUACUUCCAAUGUAUUAGUUGGGGAUAGCUCUUCUACAGAGACACAUAACAAAGUUCUCCUAACUUCUGGACGGGCCUGGGCGAUAUCUCUCGCACUUACAAGUACCUUAAGCAAAGAGCUUCUGAGGGCAUCUUUUCUUAGAGAUGGCAGUGGAGACUUUCAAAACCUUUUGUAUCGGUCAUCCGUCCAUGGGAAGGGCAUGAACAGACUCUGGUCAAAUGUUGAGGGUUACAAUGGGCCAUUGCUAAUUUUGGUUUCUGCUAGUUGCACAGAAACCGGUGAUGUUGAUCCCAGUGCUGAGAGAUGGAUUGUCGGUGUACUAACUGACCAGGGAUUGGAAAAUAAGGAUGUCUUUUAUGGAAGUUCGGGAUAUUUAUAUGCUUUAAGCCCAAUUUUCCAUGUUUUUUCACCCAAUGGGAGAGAGAAGAAUUUUAUGUACAGCCACUUGCAUGCUACUGGUAAAUAUGACCCACAUCCAAAGCCUGUUGGCCUUGCUUUUGGAGGAACUUCUGGAAACGAGAGGAUAUUUAUUCAUGAAGAUUUUGCUAAAAUUACAAUUCGGCAUCAUGCAGUGGAUAAGACUUACCGUCCAGGUUCUCUAUUUCCUGAUCAGGGAUAUUUACCUACAGAAGCUUCAAUUUUUAAGGUUGAAGUAUGGGGAUUAGGUGGGGGAAAAGUACGAGAAAAGCAGAGCCAAUAUUUGAAAAGAGAACAACUAUUCACUGAGCAAAGACGGAAGGUUGAUUUGAAUUCCUUUGGCGCUUGGGAGGAUUCACCAGAGAAGAUGAUGAUGGGCAUGAUGUCGGAUCCCAACAAAGUUCAACGCGAAGAGCGCUAGACUGAUCGUGCUCAGGUUCAGAGCGACUCAACAUGAUAUUUGAUAGUCAACUUGGCAGUGCUGGAAGGUCAAAAUGGAGCUUAUCAGUUUCGAUCCCUUUUUUCUUCAUAGCUCUAGGCUUCUCUAGUGGUUACACAGUCAGUUGAUAUAUCUGGAUUCUGGUGCACUCCGUCAAGAGUAAAUGUUUUUGGUGUACAUAUUAUAUACUCCUAGCUUUCUGCAAUUUGUAAACUAAAAAAAUACGAAGACCCUGUUUUUAUGUUCAAGUUAUGGUUUUCUGUCGAGGUUUAUUCACAAAAUGGAGGACAAAGCAAAGUCCCACAUCUGGCAGGAUGAGGUACUAUGAGGGUUCUUAUAAUAAUAGGGUGAUGAUAAUCCGCUGUAUGAAUUAGCAAGAUAAAAUCUGUUGGUUUCUUGUUUUAGCA